GGGCCCGGACACGUCUGCGGCACGCGGAGCGGCCCCGGGCGGAGGCGCCAGGUUGGGGGCAUCGGCCGCACUUCAGGCCCCGACCUGUGGGCUGGGAGGAGCUGAGGUCCACUCGCCGGGCUCUGACCGUCUUCCUGGGCUCCAGUGGCCGCCAGGACUCUCCCUUUGCAGACCCUCACCCUAAAAGCAGCCCCACUUGGAGCCUGCCACUGCCUUCGCCGGGCCUGCUGUACCGUGAAGUCAGAGGCCUGAACGCCUCUGAACGCCUCGGUCGCCCCGCCCCGCCGCCGCCCCCAGCAUGCAGCCGCAGGACAGCAGCGUCCAGUACAGCAGGUGGGACAACAGCCGAGAUGAAGUCAGCGUGGCCGCCGUGUCCAGCACAAAGGAGGCCUCGGGUUGUGAGAGGAUCUCCCGGAAGCUGUGCUCUGGCAAGCUGGGCAUCUCCAUGAAGGUGCUGGGCGGAGUGACCCUCUUCUGGGCCGUCUUCAUCCUGGGCUACCUCACUGGCUACUACGUGCACAAGUGCAAAUAGUGGUGCCCAGCGUGCACGCUUGGAGUGGCUGCAGACUCGGCACAGGAGGGACACCGCUGUGUGCAAGAAACCCCUCUGUAUACAUGGACCCCCAUAUAUACAAACUUUCCUAUACAUGGCCUCCCUUGUGUACACAGACCCCGCUCCAUGUACAUGGACCACUCGUAUACACGGAUCCCCAUAUACACAGACCUCCCUAAACACAGCCCCCCUGUAGACACAGCCCCCCCUGUAUACACGGACCCCCUAUAUACACAGAUCCCCCUCCAUGUACACAGACCCACUAGUAUACACGGAUCCCCAUAUACAAAGACCCUCCUAAACAAAGCCCCUCGUGUAUACACAGCCUCCCCUCUAUACAUGGACCUCCUUAAACACAGCCUCCCCUGUGUACACAGACCCCCCCCAUACACAGACCCACUUGUACACACGAUUCCCAUAUACA